AUGGUGCUCGCCGACCUCGGGGCGCGCCUAAAUGGCGCCCUCAGCCAGUUUUCCCGCUCUUCAAGCAUCGACGAGGCGGCUAUCGAUGCGCUCCUCAAGGAGCUGUGUGCCGCGCUGCUCGAGUCGGACGUCAACGUCAAGCUCGUAGCGUCGCUUCGGAGCAAGGUCAAGGCUAAGGUAAAGCGCAGCCUCGAGGAAGCGGAGAAGGCGGGCGGACGCGAAGUGAACAAGAAGAAUGUCGUGCAGAAGGCCGUUUAUGAUGAGCUCGUCGCGCUAGUCGACCCCGGGACAGAGCCAUACAAGCCCGUCAAGGGCAAGGUGAACGUGAUCAUGGCCGUCGGUAUCCAGGGUGCGGGUAAGACGACGACCUGCACCAAGCUCGCGGUGCACUACCAGCGGCGCGGGUUCCGGACGUGUCUCGUGUGCGCGGAUACGUUCCGUGCCGGUGCGUUUGACCAGCUCAAGCAGAACGCCACCAAGGCUAAGAUUCCCUUUUACGGCUCGUACACUGAGACCGACCCCGUCGCGAUCGCGUCGUUGGGUGUGGAGAAGUUCCGCAAGGAGCGGUUCGACGUGAUCAUUGUCGACACGUCAGGACGACACAAGCAGGAGAGCGAGCUGUUUGAGGAGAUGGUGGCCAUCUCAGCCGCCGUCAAGCCCAGCAUGACAGUCAUGGUGUUGGAUGCGAGUAUCGGUCAGGCGGCAGAGAGCCAGAGCCGCGCGUUCAAGGACAGCGCCGACUUUGGUGCCAUUAUCGUCACGAAGCUCGAUGGCCACGCCAAGGGCGGUGGUGCAAUCUCGGCCGUCGCAGCCACUAAGACGCCCAUCAUCUUCCUCGGUACCGGCGAGCACUUGAACGAUUUGGAGCGUUUUGCGCCUCAGCCGUUCGUGAGCAAGCUACUCGGGAUGGGCGACCUCCAGGGCCUCAUGGAGCACAUGCAGGACAUGGCACUCGCCAACCCCGACCGGCAGAAGGACUUGGCCAAGAAGCUCGAGCAGGGCAAGUUUAGCAUCCGCGACUGGCGCGAGCAGCUCAGCACCAUCAUGGGCAUGGGCUCGCUAUCCAAGAUUGCGAGCAUGAUUCCCGGCAUGCCGCAGGGCAUGAUGGAGGGUAAUGAGGACGAGGCGGCGGCCAAGCUCAAGCGCAUGAUUUUCAUCACGGACGCCAUGCGGACCGACGAGCUGGAUUCCGAUGGGCUCAUUUUCUUUACGUUCGACAAGGGCGGAAAUCCGACUGGACUGAACAAGCGCGCGCGUCGUGUCGCCCGCGGAAGCGGUACCAGCGUGCGCGAGGUCGAGGAGCUGCUUGCGCAAGCCCGCAUGAUGGCCGGUAUGGCGCGGCAGGCGGGCGGCAAGAACGGGUGGAUGAACGCCAUGCAGAAGAUGCAGGGCGCGAUGGGUGGCAAGCCUCUCGGCCCGAACGGACAGCCGUCGCCAGCCCAGAUCGAGGCGAUGCGCAAGGCCAUGCCGCCUGAGCUUAUGCGCAAGCUCCGCGCCGCUGGACCGCAGGGCGCCCAGAAGAUGCUCCAGGACAUGAUGGGGGGUAUGGGCGGUGCUGAUGGCGCGGGCGGCGCUCCGGGUGGUAUGGACAUGGGCUCGAUGAUGCGCAACAUGAUGGGCGGCGGUGGCGGUGGCAUGCCCAACAUGGCUGAGAUGCAGGAGGCAAUGAAGUCAAUGGGUGGGAUGGGUGGGAUGCCAGGCAUGGGCGGCGGCGGCAUGCCCGACAUGUCGCAGAUGAUGAAGAUGAUGGGCGGCAUGGGCGGCGGGCGCUAA